GUAUAACCGAGUACCCAUAGAUUGGGCAUCACUAUUUACCUAUGCACCACUGCCUUACCGAGCACAGCCCGGAUCGGUACGAAACAUGGCUUUCAGGGCACACGUCAACUUGUGACGUCAUGGUCAAACAUGCCAGCCCUGAGCCGCCCAUGGGUUUCCAUGUUUUUGUCCCUUCCCAAAUGGGACGAACUGGAACUGCAGGACAUAUGAGGGUGACACCGACAGGAUUCAGGAACAUGCAACUCUAAUAAUAAACAACACCAUCUCUACCCUCCCCCCAAGGUAGGAUUGUUUUCGCCUUGCAAACCUCGAACGAACCCUCGAGAUGCAACCUGACAGGCCCUCCCCCUCCACCACCAACGUCGCCCAUGUCAACAGUUACUUCAACGGCGCCAGCCCGGCUCCAGAAGUCCAACAGUCGACACAGGACUCUGGUGCUACCCCUCUGACCCCAAUUACAGAGCAACCCCCUCAACAUGUCGCCCCGGCCAGGCCCCCAUCGGCACCGGCACGAAGCGUUGCCUUCCGACCUCUCGACCGUCAGCAAUCAGCCAUCCAACUCCGUCGUCUGCGACCGGCCGCCCUGGGAUCCAGACUUACACCGACCAUGACCCACGAGCCCCAGACGCAAGCACACGAUUGGGAAGAGGACCAUGCAACGGAUGUGGGCAGGAGUGGUGGUCGACGACGGUCAAGCUCCGAACCGCAGAGACCAUCCAUGCCGAGGGCCAUCGAAACAGUUCCCCCGUUAUCAUCGGUACCCGAGAGCCCCUCCCAGAGCAAUGCGCAGCAGGAUGGGCCACCACAUACAGGGCGGUUCCACCGGGCCCUCGGUAGACGAAGACAGACUGUGCUGAAUCCGCACCAAGUAUCUGGCGGCUCAGGCGACGAUGUGUAUGAGUCGAGGGUUGUCGACUUUCUCGAUGUCAUUGACCCCGAGGUGGCGACUCUAUCAUCCAUAACCAACAUUCAAAACUCGCUCUUCUUGCCUUCACUGGGAAAGUGGGUGAACCGACGGCCGACAUAUGACCUCUCCCAACUACCACCAAUGCCUGGUGCCUUCCCGCCUUCCAAGGAAAGUAUAGCCUCUGCUGCUGCCGCUGUCCAGGGAGAACAACAAGGAGAACACGCAGGGCCGCGCUCACCAAGCCUCUCAUCUGUCCUGACCUCGGAACCCCAAUACGCAAUUCUGCCCAACGAUGCUUCGCUUCAGGGAUGGAGGGAGGAGGACGUCAAGUUGCUGAACGACUAUGUCAGGCACAUGCUGCAUUCUCGACGAUCAAAGAUCAAACAGAGGUUCAAGGCGUUUGGAAAGUAUGUUAGACGACCGCUGGGGUUCCUGAUCACACUCUACGCCACUCUCAUCACACUGUUUGGGCUUGCCUGGGUUCUCUUUUUGAUCGGAUGGGUGUACGUCGGGGACUCGGAAAAGCAGUUGUAUGCGAUUGAUAUUAUCGACUAUGUCCUCGUGGCCCUUUUCGCAAUCGUUGGAGAUGGUAUGGCACCCUUCCGAGCCAAGGACACGUACCACAUGUUUUUCGUUGCCAGAUAUCACCGAAAAACAUGGAGGCGCCGCGAAAGAUUAGCGUUGCCCGAGCUCAAGGAUCACAACGAUUUGCCCAUUGCGGAAGAACACCGCAUUGCAGACGAUGAUCUCGAAGCACAACAAACGCAACAGCGAUCAAGCUCGACAGAAAAGAUUACAAAAGACAAGGACGAGUUCGUCCAAGUCUUGUCAGAAAAGCAGCAAGCACGCCUGAUUCAUCACCAGUCAAAGCUCGCCAAGUCACACACGUUUUUCAAACCUCACGAGACGGAAACCCACCACGCAUUUCCUUUGCGACUGCUUAUUGCCAUCGUCCUGUUGCUGGAUUUGCAUUCUUUGUUACAGAUUUCUCUAGGCGCCGUAACUUUUGGCAUUCCUUCCCACCGGAGACCUGUGGCGGCCACGACGACCAUUCUAUGCUGUUCCAUCGUCACAAAUAUCACGGCCGGGCUCUUGAUUACCAUUGGUGACCGCAGGACGAGGAAGAAGGAUGUCUUGGAGAGGUUAAUGAGGCAGGAGAUGACGGGCGAGGUGAUCAAGAAGAUCGAGAAGAAAAAGGAAAAGGAGAGAAAACAGGAAGAGGAGCUGAAGCAUGAACAAGAGACAGGAGAAAAACCCAGGAAAAGUCUGAGUUUAGCAUUGCCAUGGAAAGACACUUCCGGGGACGAGGGAACGCAGACGGGCCACGAGAAAGAAAAACGAGCUAGGUCUCUGUCGGUUCCUCGAACCAAGAGGAAGAAAGAAAAAGAAGAAGUGGGGAGAUUUAGCUCCGAAGUCGAAAGCACCCAGGGUGGAGGGAGCAAAGGCGCACAGGAUACUGAAAGACUCAAGAUGCCAGGGGCAUUUGAAGAAGACUAAAGUCGGCUAUCUUGGUUUCUCAUCGGGGCGUUGGAUAGUUACUUGGAACAUGGCAAGGAUGAGGUUGCACAUGCAGAAUUCGUACAUGAUACCCAGACAGGAUAAUGAUAAUGAGAGGUACAGCGUUCAAUUUGAACUUUGGACCCCAGCGUGCCUAGGAGUGCAUCAUCUAUCGGGGGAAGCUGCGUUGUCGCAUUGCUAAAUUUGGCCUUUU